CUAUUCCAAUGUUAACCAACAUGACUCAAGUGCUGAGUCAAAAGCUUCACCCAACAUCAAGCAAGACACCACAAGCAGUCCCAGAAAAUCCAAUAGCAGCAGCAAGUCCAAUACUUCCACUGCUGCUGGAAGCUCAAAAAUUGUUUCAAAAUCUUCUCAAGAAACUUCUGAAGUCAAGGAAUCAUCCAUCAUUCACCAGCACAAAAAGGAGAAAAAAGCAUCUUUGUCAGUCAGGGAUGAGAAGCAUAAGUCAAGUCAUGCCAAGGACAGUCACACUACAAGUGUCUCAUCAUCAGAGUCUCCUCAGCAGCACCAUCAAGAAAAUACUUCAGAAGAGCACAGUAUCAAGACCCAACAGAUGACAGACUCACAUCAUCACAAACAUGAUCCAAAAGUCAUUGCUGAAGCAUCAGAAAUUCUUCAUCAUUCAAGUUCAGUUUGUGAUGAAAAACACAAAUCUUCUGUUCAAGAAACAUCAGUUUCUUCAGUGAUGCUGGUGGAAGAACAAAGGCAGGCCAGGCUCAGUUUAACGCUUCCCCGUCUAACGCCAAACAAGGAUGAUGCCAGGCCUGCUUGGCAAAGACUGGUUGGACCUGGUUCCAGGUCACCCACUUCCCCCACCAGGAAGGGCAGUGUGCCCAGCAGCAGCGAGGAAUCUUCUCACCUUGAAGAAGCAGGAGGUUCAACAAGCAACAACAGGACAACCAGCAAUGAGCAACACACUUCAACCCCGAACACCAGCAGACUCCAUGCCAGUGGCUCCAGCACCCAACUCCUGUCCCCGAGUCUGGCACUAACCCUCUCAUCAACCCUCACCAAUAAACAAACUGCUCAAACCAGUGACCAUCAGGAAGUCCAUCAUGUCUGCUCAACAUCAGCAGACACCAGGUCAUCCUCAGCCCGCAGGACAUCCACCAAAGAAGCAAUAACCCCUAGACGGGGUUCGACCGGCGGUGGUUCCAUGGGCGGUGGUUCGCCAGUCACCGACAGGAAGUCUUCCACGACAUCCUUGUCGUCAUCAUCUACAGCUGCCGCAACGACGUCGAUGUCGAUGUCGAUGACGAGACGCAGUUCGCAUCGCAAUGCGUCGGUGCAAGAAGAAUCUUCUUCUUCUUUCGUGAGACCUUGUGGCUGCAGGCGCAGGCAUGGAUCACUUGUCCCAGGACAAAACAUUCAACAAACAGGGAGAAUGUUGCACACCGACGGCGAAGUUGCCUGCGAGCAAGAGAUCUGUCUCGCCGGAACAGAAGAUUUCCAGGACGCAUGCAUGAUGGACUCGGGUUAUGAGUUCAAGUCCGAGUGGCACCACGACAAACAAUUGUCGACGUGGGACUGGCGUCAACAGGCUUGUUACGUUAUUUCGGCAGACAACUGCAAGCGU